AUGAGUCCUUUCUAUGAUGGUCAGAGAAUGGAUAGUUUGUUCUCAACUCGUGACCCCACAUACCACAAGAAUCUGAAGAAGCCGGUAGGCCAACUGUUCUCCAUGGCUAACAUGCGAAACUAUGAACCAUACGCCAACGAAUGUUCGGCCAUUUUCAUCAACAGCAUGCGGGAUCUGGAGGGUCAGCCGGUCAACCGGUCAUCCUUCGGUUUCAUGGAACAGCGCUGCGACAUGAACAAUAUGAUCGGGGAUCUUGACAGUGCGCUACAAUAUGUCAAGAUAAUAGGCCAAUACCCCGAGCUCCACCCAUGGCUGUUGGGGAAUGAAAAGCUUGUGCGGAUGUUGAAAAAGUCGUUUCCGAAACUCCUGGAUCCUCUCUAUCGAUUUAUACAGAUAAGGACUCAGUGUGCGUUGACCAUGCGGGUGAUGACAUUAUUGUAG